UUUAUUCUUCUCUCUUAUAUAUCUUGUGCGAUAAUCAUUAUAAAUAGGAACUUAUUUACUCAUAUUUUACUACAAUAUACUUGUUGAUCCAAAAUGAAAAUGAAGCUUCUUAUCUAUAUGUUUUUUCUUUGUGCACUAAUUCUUAUUUCUACUAUGGAAGUUGAGACCUUCAAAGGUGGGAAUCAAUUUGGUGCAGUUGAAGAAACCAAAACAAAAUCUGGAAGAGAUAGUUGGAGAGACUGGGGAGGCUCCUUUUGGGGAGAUGAAGAAGUGAAUACUGGUGGAGAAGACAAACAUGGUGGACAUGGAAGCGGUGAAAAGGGAAAAAAAUCUAAAAAUGGAAAAGAUGAUUGGAGAGAUUGGGGAGGAUCUUUCUGGGGAGAUGAAGAAGGGAAUGGUGGCAAGAGAGGUAAAGAAGGUGGACACAAUGGCGGAAAUUAGGAACAAAGAAGUGGUUCAAGAGGUGGAUUUAUCACCAAAAAUUGAUCAAGGCAUAUGAAAUUAAUAUGAAAACCAGACUCAUGUAUGUUUGUAUCAUAUCUCAUACUUUAUGUAAAAUAAAAGUAUCACUUAUAUCUUACUCAACAUAUGAUCUAUAAUAAGAUGAACACCUCUCUAUAAAUUAAUAGUACUUUCACAAAUACUCUUAGGUCGUACACUUAUAUUUUCAUAAUUAUAUGGAUAAAAAGUACAAAUAUUUUCUUAGAUUGUA